GGGCGGGUUUGGGGUCUGUCUCUGGUUGGGGCUCUCAGGGUAGCAUACCUGAGCCCCGCUUAGGUGUCAGUUAGGGUCCGGCGAGCUGGGUUAGGUGGUCGUCGGGGCACCCUGUGUCUGGAAAGCGCCGAAGCGCUCUGGAGAAGCCCGGACAGCCCCGCUCCCCCGUAGCUAGGUACUAGGGUCGGGAGGCACCGAGGCCAAAGUGAGAGUCCGACCGUCUUCCAUCGCCUGGGCCACGGCGGCGGCCCUGGGAGCAGAGGUGGAGCGACCCCAUUACCCUAAAGAUGAAAGGCUGGGGUUGGCUGGCCUUGCUUCUGGGGGCCCUGCUGGGAACUGCCUGGGCUCGGAGGAGCCAGGAUCUACACUGUGGAGCUUGCAGGGCUCUGGUGGAUGAACUAGAGUGGGAAAUUGCCCAGGUGGAUCCCAAGAAGACCAUUCAGAUGGGAUCUUUCCGAAUCAAUCCAGAUGGCAGCCAGUCAGUGGUGGAGGUGCCUUAUGCUCGCUCAGAGGCCCACCUCACAGAGCUGCUAGAGGAGGUUUGUGACCGGAUGAAGGAAUAUGGGGAACAGAUUGACCCUUCCACCCACCGCAAGAACUACGUACGUGUAGUGGGCCGGAAUGGAGAAUCCAGUGAACUGGACCUACAGGGCAUCCGAAUUGAUUCAGAUAUCAGCGGCACCCUCAAGUUUGCGUGUGAGAGCAUUGUGGAGGAAUACGAGGAUGAACUCAUUGAAUUCUUUUCCCGAGAGGCCAAUAAUGUUAAAGACAAACUUUGUAGUAAACGAACAGAUCUAUGUGACCAUGCCCUGCACAUAUCUCAUGAUGAACUAUGAACUACUGGAGCAGCCCAGACCGGCUUGAUGGAUCACCCCCAGGAGGGAAAGAUGGUGGCAAUGCCUUUUAUAUUAUGUUUUUACUGAAAUGAACUGAAAAAAUAUGAAACUAAAA